AUGCCCCUAAUCGACAGGACUGUGUACGAAAAGACUCCGAAGCGAGCCAUCUCCUUCAGGAUCCUCUUCUACUGUAUAAUUCUAUCCUUUUCAGGCGCAAUGCAUGGAUUCAACACUGCCAACAUAUCUGGCGUCCUGGCCAUGAAGCCCUUCGAUUCCCAAUUCGAACUUGACAAAAUGAGCGAUGGCGAGCUGGCUAAUUGGAAAGGCUGGAUCACAUCUGUGCUGAUUCUUGGCUCUUGUCUUGGCUCUCUCACAUGCGCACCUGUUACCGACAGACUGGGCCGCAAGCCAUCCCUGGCCUUCUUCUCUGUCCUAUUCGUUGCAUCUGCAGUCCUCAUGACCGCCAAUCCGGGCCGAUCGAACGGAAGGAUCGAGUUCCUCGUUGGACGUAUCCUCUCAGGCUACGGCUCUGGAGCUGCGAGUGUCAUUGGCCCUGGCUAUAUUGCCGAGAUUGCUCCCCAGUCCAUCCGUGGUGGCCUGACUGCCCUCUACAACGCCAAUACCAUGCUGUGUGUUGGCCUGGCUUACUGGAUCAACUAUGGCUCGUUGCAAAACAUCAGCGCGGACACAAACACGCAAUGGCAGGUGCCAAUGGCCGUACAAGCUCUACCUGGAGUGGUCCUGUUUAUCGGCGUGUUCUUCCUCCCCGAAUCGCCUCGAUGGUUGCUUAGCCGUGGAAGAAUGGAGGAGGCUCAGCAAUCUCUCGAACGCCUACGACGUCUGCCGCGCGACCACCCUUUUGUCCGCCAGGAGUUUGAUGGCAUCCAAGCAAGCCUGGAAGUACAGUCUGGCAAGACCGGCACCAUCAGCAUGGUCAAGGAGAUGUUUGGUCCAGCCAUCAGAAAGCGCCUGUUCAUGGUCAUGAUCAUCCAGGUUGGCUUCCAGUUUUCUGGCGGCAACAUCAUCACCUACUACAACACUUCCAUCCUGUCAUCUAUUGGACUGACAUCCCGUUCCACCAACUAUCUAUUUUCUGGUAUAUAUGGCCUGGUCAAAUUUCUGGCUGUGCUGGCAUAUUCUCUCUUCCUCGUUGAUCGCUUUGGAAGACGCAUGGGCCUUUUCAUUGGCUCAAGUCUCAUCAUCGGGUCUCUCACAUACAUCACCGUCUACCUUGCUGUUGCGCAUCCCGAGGCAGAGUCUUCGACAGGUCCCGCUGGAUGGGUUGCCGUCGUCUGCAUUUACAUCUUUGCGUUGGGAUAUGCUACCUCGUGGGGUACUGUUCCUUGGAUCAUUAACGCCGAGGUGUUCCCCACGAGACUGAGGUCCACUUGUAUGGCGACCUGCGUUACCUGGCAGUACUUGAUCAACUUUGCGCUUUCUCAGGCACAACCGAACAUGGUUAUUGCUAUGCAUGCCUGGGGACCAUUUCUGCUCUUCACGCUCUUUACGACUCUCAUGACGAUAUACUGCUUUUUCGCGUACCCCGAGACAAAGGGUUUGUCGAUGGAAUACAUGGAUGAGCUGUUCAAGUUGCCUUGGUACAAGAUAGGAAAGGGUAGUUUUGCUGUCUUGGAGGCCCAGGCUCUCGCCCAGAGCACGGCGGGAACGGAAGAGAAAGGAGCCGAAGACUUGAUUGGAGGCAAGGACGAGAUCGAGGUCGCAUCCAAAGCGUCGCCGAGGGCGUAA